GAUGAACAAAUAGUUGGUCGUUGUUAAAGGGAUGCUGAGUUCUUCCAUCGAAGUUAGCUACCUAGUGCCACUAGUACUAGUGGCAGAGUAGGUAGCUAUCGUCUUAUAUGUUAAGUACCCCUGCUUCAAAAUUAUUUUUUUGCUACCUACCGAGGGAGCCAGUUACUAACUGCUUCUACCAACAAUUCAACUUAGCUUAAAACAUUAGUGCUAGCUAGCUAACAUUAGCUACUUCCAACUGGGUUGCUUGACAACGACAGGAGGUAAACAUACACAAGACCAGCUAGCCUAGCACUAGCAGCUAGCUGGCUAGCUAACAUUAGGUUGUUUGGUUUGGUGACAGCUUUUCUGAUCAGUAUCAACAUUUAACGCUAUAGUACGUUACUAAAUCCCAAAGAAUAUUUGGACUUGGGUUAAUUGUCACUGAUUUGCUUGUUGACAAGCUACAACGCUAAGCGGACAGAUGGCAGACGAUAGUAGACGAGGAGAUGACGAUGAAAGGGGUCCUGGAGCAGUUUAUCAGAUGUUUAUGGUCAUGGAAGACUUGCUGGACAAAUUAAAACUAUUGGAUUACGAGGAGGAAGUACUUUCAAAGCACAACAUGAAAGCGCUCUCAAGACAUUACUUUGCAUCCUGUGCCUACACGCCCUCCAAUCCAGGCGAGCAAUUCUACAUGUUUACCAUCAUCGCCUCUUGGCUCAUCAAUGAAGCUGGAAGACCAUUCGAACAGCCGCAAGAGUACGAUGACCCCAACGCCACAGUGUCCAAUAUUCUAUCAGAGUUGAGAGCUUUUGGUGGUUUGGUGGACUUUCCUCCAUCAAAACUCAAAGCAGGUUCAGGGGAACAUGUCUGUUAUGUACUGGACCGGUUAAUAGAGGAGGUUUUGAAGAAGAGGGGUUUUGUCUGGAAAAGACCAAACUACCCUACAGAGGAGAUGGAGGAAGAGUCAGUGAUGGAGGAUGAUGCUGAACUAACGCUCAGCAAGGUGGAAGACGAGAUGACAGAUGAACCAGAUGACUUUGAAGAGGAUAACGUUAUGGACCUCGAGGCACUGAAAUCAAGGACAAAUCCGAGUGUAGCCAGCCUGUCUUCAAAGCCUGAUGACAUAUUAGAGUCCAACACAGAUGCUGCAGAGUGGAACUUGGAGGUGGAAAGGGUCCUACCACAGCUGAAAGUUACCAUCAGAACAGACAACAAGGACUGGAGGAUCCAUGUGGACCAAAUGCAUCAACACAGAGAUGGAAUUAAAUCCUCACUGAAGGAGACCCAGGGCUACCUGGACAAGCUGCAGGAGGAGAUAGGGAAGACAUUGGAGAAGGUGGGCAGCAGAGAGAAAUACAUCAACAACCAGCUGGAGCACCUCAUUCAGGAGUACCGCAGUGCUCAGUCUAAACUUAGUGAGGCUAAGGAGCGCUAUCAGCAGGGAAGUGGUGGAGUAACUGAGAGAACCAGAGAGCUGGCAGAGAUUACAGAGGAGCUGGAUAAAGUGAAGCAGGAGAUGGAGGAGAAGGGCAGCAGUAUGUCAGAUGGAGCCCCCGUGGUCAAGAUCAAACAGAGUCUGACAAAGCUGAAGCAAGAGAUCGUUCAGAUGGACAUUCGCAUAGGAGUGGUUGAGCACACACUGCUUCAAGCCAAGCUUAAGGAGAAAUCCAACAUGACCAGGGACAUGCAUGCCACCAACAUUCCAGAGCCUGCCAUUGGUGCAUACUGAUGAUACCACUCAAACAAAUCAGGUUGCUCAAAUGCAUUUACCUGUCUAUUAUCAGACAUCUGAAAUAACCAUUUAUAACCAGUUUUUGUUUUGCAGUUUACUAGUUACCAUCCAUGUGGUUAAGACGACACAAGCAAUGUUGAGAAGAUGGGUGUUUAUAUAUGGUAGCUGAGGAUGUUCUGAAGCUCUGUUCUAUUUUAAGGAUGAUUGGUUACUGUAAACAUGAUUUUGGUUAUCUGUACAUAUUUAUAGAAAAAAUAAAAAUACAUUAUAUUA